UUUACCUACCCAGAUAGCGUCAAAAUAGCUGUCAGUUUCCGGGUAAACGGAAUAGCCGCUUAACUAAAUCACUUUCUGUUUUUGUUUGGGCUCCUUUGAGAAUCGUUCGUUAUAAAAAUGUAUUAAAUCAACGGGAAAUGUCAAGACGUUAUCGGUGGACACAACCUCUGUGAAAAUAAGCGAAAGCGCAUUGCUAUGGCGACCCUGUCAGCCCAGCUGGGGGAGGUCCGGAGCCGGGCAGAGGCCUGUCUGUCAUCCUCAGGCUCCGCCCCCGAAGUGAGAGCGGAUGUGAUGGUGAUGGCCAAUAUCCCGCUCCCCCCGUCCGCCAAAUACCGCCACAUCGCCGCCGAAACCAUGGUGACGGAAAAUGGCGCCGGCAGGAACAGGCAGGAGAGCUUGGUCUCCCUGGAGAGGCUGUCUACGGCGCUGAACAUCCUGGAGAAGUACGGCUGUAACCUGACCGGUCCAAACCGGCCCAGGUACUGGCGCAGCGUCAAGCACAACAACCCCGUCUUCAGAGCUACUGUGGACGCCAUCAGGGGGGGUAGGGCUGUGCUCUGUCUCUAUGGUUACUCUAACCAGCAGCCGGAUGGCCUGAGCUUCCCAGAUGAUGUCAUAGAACCUGACAUUGAGAAGGUCGCCGGUGUGACCCUGGAGGUCAUGACCCUGCGCAUGGAGCUGGACAUGCUGAUCAAGGAGUCGCAUCCUCACCCGGAGUUCUUUGAACGAAUCAUUCCUUCUCUCUGCCAGCAGGGGGAGACACAUGAGCAGGACAUUGGCAGACUUACGGCAGACGCGGUGGUCAUCCCCUCCAGCGAAAGGAAGUGGGAGAGGGAGGUGCAGCCCUUGUCCCCGUCCCUCCCCCCAAAACCUGCACACAGCCCCAGCCUAGGCCCCGCCUCACUGGCCCCAGCAUCGCUGGCCCCCGCCCUCCAAACAGGGGACUGCAGCCUGUGUGGCAACGCCCCCUCUCUCCUUUGCCCGGCCUGUGGCUCGAUUCCCUUCUGUGAGUCAUGUGACCUGGUGUUCCAUCGCCACCCCAGCCGGGCCAGUCACAAGCGAGAGAGCACGCAGGCCCAGAAGCCCGAUAACUGCACCAUAUGCGGUAUACUCCCAGUCUCUGCGCACUGCCUGACCUGCGUCCAGCAGCUGUGCUCGGAAUGCGACAGGCUGUGCCACUCGCACCCGGGCCGGGCGGGGCACAGCCGAACACCCGUGACCUCGCUCAAACCGCCAAAGGCCUUUCGCUCCUCUCCAUCCUCCUGGCAGUGUGUCCACUGCACCACAGUGAAUGAGCUGCAGGAGGUGUUGUGUGUGAGCUGUGAUCGGCCUCGACCCGCUCCUGCCUCCGCUGGUGAGGAGGAGCCACUGCAGCCGUCCACCAUCACAGAGUGGCAGUGCAGAAGCUGCACGGUCGUGAACGCGGGCAGCAGCAUUCUGUGUGAAGUGUGUGAGCGCCCCCGUCUGGCCACACGCCCCCCUCCCAUGCCUGUUCGCCCCGCCCCGCCCACGCCGGAACAGCCCAGGGACCUCGGAACACAGUGGGUGUGUCAGUUCUGCACCUACGCCAACUCCGCUCUCUCGUCCUCCGUCUGCGAAAUGUGCGACCUGCCGCGCCCAGACCCCGCCCCCAUGCCCGCCAAACUCCCGCCGUCGCCUGUCGAGGAGCUGCCUCCGUCGCCCGUCAAGCCCCCGGCCCCGCCCCCGGAGGACCCCGAUGUGAAGAGACAGAAGCUGAUGAGGGAGGAGGGGCAGCGGCUGAUUCAGCUGAUCAGAGAGGGGGAGAAGAAGGGAGUGAGUCCGGAGGAGGUGUACACCAGCGUGCGCGUUUCCGGGGACGACUCUGUGGCCCCCUGUGAUUGGUUGAAAACGGAGCUCCCCCACCUGCUGGACGAGAUCUGUGCCAUGGCCGCCUCUGUCGAGCAGGACUACAGAACAGGGAAUUCUGGGACGACUGAGCCCGCAGGCGGCCAGCAGGGCGGCGCCGUGAGGCUGUCCCGAGCCGAGGCCAAGCAGGCGUGGCUGUCAGCAGUGGGCGACACUGAGCGCGCGGUCGAGCACGUGCUGAGGGACAGACGCGCCAAGGUGAAGGAGCUGUGCUCGUUGGGUUUCAGUGAUGUGUCCAGGUGUGAGGAGGCCCUGCGGCUGAGCGGGGGGGAGGUUCGAGGUGCGCUGUCCCUCCUGCAACGCCCUCUGCUGGAGCCCUUUCACCAGCGCAUGUGGGGCGACCAGCCUGAGCCUCGCAUAGACAUCAAUGACCCUGACAAACAGAGGGUGUGUAGGAGACUGCUUGCAGUAUACGAGCUGCCCAGUUGGGGGCGCUGUGAGCUGGCGCUGUCGCUGCUGCAGAGCCCCGGGGCCCAGUACACCCUGGAGGAUGUGCUGCAGGCGGUUCGAGAGUCACAUGACCGAGACUUCAUCCGCCGGGUCCUCGCCAAGGAGUGCCCCAUCUGCCUGUCUCUAUUUCCCCACAGCAAGAUGCAGUCGCUGACCUCCUGUCAGUGUUCGGUGUGCUGCGACUGCUUCCAGCAGCACUUCACCAUCGCGGUGCGGGACAAGCACAUCAGAGACAUGGUGUGUCCUGUGUGCUGGGAACCGGACAUCAACGACCCCGAGCACCUCAACAGCUACUUCAGCACUCUGGACAUACAGCUGCGGGACUGUCUGGAUCCAGAGGUGUAUGAUCUCUUCCAUAAGAAGCUGACAGAGCAGGCUCUCAUCAAAGACCCCAAGUUCCUCUGGUGCAGUCAUUGCUCUUAUGGGUUUAUUUAUGAUGGAGAUCAGCUGAAGGUCACCUGUUUCCAGUGCAGAAACAGCUUCUGCGCCCAGUGCAAGAAACCCUGGGAGCCGCAGCAUGCAGGGCUCUCCUGUGAACAGUUCCAGUCCUGGAAGAGAGAGAACGAUCCGGAAUACCAGAGACAGGGCCUGGCUGGGUACCUGCGUGACAACGGCAUCAUCUGUCCAAACUGCAGGUUUCAAUACGCUUUGUCCAAAGGAGGCUGCAUGCACUUCUGCUGCUCUCAGUGCAGAUACCAGUUCUGUAGCGGAUGCAACAACCCCUUCCACACAACAUGUACGGUGGCUCAGUGCAGUGUUACAGGCCUACAUGCCCAUCACCCUCGAGACUGUCUGUUCUACCUGAGGGACUGGGAGCCACCCCGUCUGCAGGCCCUGCUGCAGAAGAAUGGUGUUGCAUUCAACACCGACCCACCACAUGGAACACAAGCUGGGCUGUGUGGAGUGAUGGAGCAGAAGGACGAGGGGGGGCGGCAGGUGGACUCUCCCUGUGGAGCUCAGACCCAGCCUGGGCAAGCAGGACUCUGCGACAAACACUACAGGGAGUACCUGGUCAGCCUCAUCAACGGGCACUCUAUAGACCCCGCCCCUCUGUUCAUGGCCAAUGAAGUGACUGUGGCCUGCAGGAGAUACCAAGUGGAUGACCGACGGGGGGAAGGGGAAGAGGAUCGGGCGUACUACUCUCGGCUGCUAAAGAAACUGAUCGAGGAAGUCCCAUUGGGCGACAAGGUCCCCCGGAAGAAAUGAAUGAGAAGAAAUUUUAACUUGUUUUCUGUUUUUUUAUUUUUAUCAAACAAAUGAAAAGAAACUGGGGUACUUUAAAGGGUAUUUGGGGGGGGGGGGGGUAUUUCUGAGGAAUAAUGUCUCCAUCAGUGUUCCCAGAAGGGCACCCCUGGCUUGGCCUGGCAGUAUAGUUCUGCAUCCAUCUCUGUGAUAACUCGUCCUUAACAGUACAUCUGAUCUAACAUGAUCCAAUAUGCAGUUUGUAUAGUUUCAACUGAUAAAAGUACAUUGGCUGCUUUAAGUGCUGCUCAGUCCAGAACAGGUCAGGUUUGGGUCAUGGUAUUAUCAGAGUGAGUGAUACAAUAAAUCUGUCUUCUUACGCGUGUCA